CAUUGAAAUUUACAGGAAGAGAAGUUUAUUUUUGAAAUUUGUUGAUUUUUGCUGUUUGCAUCAUGCAUGUCUACUUUGUACUGUACAAGCAGCUGUGUGUUUAAACUUUGUUUGCACUUUGCGAUUCAUUUGUUUUUUGUUUAUUUCCCAAUUUUCUGUUUUUAUUGUGCUGCUUGAUUCCUGGUUUACGUAUGUAGUCAACCAGUCAACCACGCCGCUGCUGCCAGUGCUGCCUAGUCGUGGACUCGUGGUGCCACAAAGACUAUGUUUCUGGAGAAUUCAGUGUGCAUGUUGCUCUGGGAGUUCUGAUUUCAGUGAUUUGUAUAAGGUUUAUCACAACAUUAUACAGGAAUUUUUUCGCAAACUUAUUCAGUGCGGAGUCUCCUGACCAUGAAUGCGCGCAUGAAGUUUGAGAAAUUGGAGAAAAUCGGAGAAGGAACCUACGGAACCGUUUUCAAAGCUCGAAAUCGCGAAACGCAUGAUGUCGUCGCUUUGAAAAGAGUCCGUCUCGAUGACGAAGACGAAGGUAUACCAUCUUCCGCGCUGAGGGAGAUCGCUCUUUUAAAACAGCUGCGCCAUAAAAAUAUCGUGCAGCUUUUGGACGUGCUGCACAAUGAGAAAAAGCUGACGCUCGUUUUUGAGUACUGCGAUCAGGAUUUGAAAAAGUAUUUUGAUUCGCUGAAUGGAAUAAUUGAACCAAAAAUUGUUCGUUCGCUGUUCUACCAGCUGCUGUGUGGAUUAGCGUAUUGUCACCUAAAGAAUGUGUUGCACCGCGAUUUGAAGCCGCAGAAUAUUUUGCUGAGCAAGAAUGGAGAGGUGAAACUGGCUGAUUUCGGAUUAGCUAGAGCGUUCGGGAUUCCAGUGCGGUGUUAUAGUGCCGAAGUUGUCACACUGUGGUACAGGCCUCCUGAUGUACUUUUGGGCUCCAAGCUGUAUAACACAUCCAUCGAUUGCUGGUCGGUUGGUUGUAUCUUUGCCGAAUUGGCCAAUGCCGGUCGUCCCCUCUUCCCAGGCAGCGAUGUGGAUGAUGAACUGAAGCGGGUCUUCAAACUGUUGGGCACACCGACCGAAGCCACCUGGCCCGGUAUGUUGCAGCUGCCGGAUUACAAGCCUCUUCCGGAAUUCCCGCCGGGAGAUUUCUCCGUCGCCGUACCCACACUUAGCGAGUCGGGCUUGGAGUUAUUGCAGCGAUUUCUUAUCUGCAAUCCCGAGAAGCGCAUUUCCGCCGCCAUGGCACUGAAGCAUCAGUAUUUUACGGAGAUUGACGACGAUAUGAAUCUCUGAAGCCAGUUUGCUUGGUAAAUGAGGAAGUUGUGUUUGUUAUCAAUGAUCUCGACACUGAUAUUCCGGUUUGGUAUUGUUUUAUUCUUAAGAAUGAUUUUUGUUAAUGAUCAAACUGUCCAGUCUAAGAAUAAUUACAAAUGUACUCGCUCAGUUUUUCUGUCGUUUUAAAUUGCCGUUUUGGAGAUUCACUUUAUUGAUUUUGUCAUAGUUGUUUCUCCAUGGAAUAAGUUAGUAAAAAAUACGUAAUCGUAUAAAAAAGCUGCGAUUUUGUUGCAGAAUACAUUUGGAUAGGUUAGUUCAUUAUUUUACUAGCUGGACAACAUACCAGGUCAGAUCUGCUUAAACAAAAAUAGAAAUGGAAGCCUAUCACUGAAAGCAAGGAGUGAGAUCGAUAAAAUCAUCAUCGGAUUCAUCAUCGUUGAACUCCAAUCGUGCUUGGCUUAAAAGUUCCGGGGCGGGCGGCGGUGCUGGUACAGACGAUGUGCAUGCGGAAAUGGAAUUUGCUGCCUUUUUACGUCGAAUCAGAUUGGAAAGGGAUGAUAGACGCGGGCGGAUAGCAUCUUUGAGAUGUGUCAGGAAGUUCUCAGAGUCCCUCUCAUCGGAAUCAGCGUUGACAGAAGGUGAAGAGACCGGAAGUGCUUCCGUUUGGGACACCAGUGGAAUGUGGUCAGUUUUAACGCGGUAAUGAACAGCAGACAUUCCCAACAUUUUCGGCUGUGGUUCGGAAAAAUGUAUUCCAGAAAAAAAUAACUCGGUUACUACAAACUAAAAUUAACCAAACGUUGAUUAUUCACUUGUAGGUUGCGUUGCAAGCUGAGCGUAUUGCAUGAAAGUGCUGUUUAAGUGCAUUAUAACCGUUCGUUAUAUACGGACAGAUUAGGAUUAUUUUGCUCAGAUUAUUUGCCUACGGAAUAGUAGUUUUCGUUGCUCCCGUUUCGGCAAAAUCCACGUGUUGAUAAGACGCGCCAGUUUCUCGCAAAUGUUGUGAUUGGAUGUACUGUAAACUGAUCGACGUAGAAUGACCACUAGUGCAUGUGUUUGCAUAUAACGUGCUAUUUUCACUGAUAAACUCUGAUUCAGA